UCCUGGGCGUAAUGGUGAAUCUGAGCCCCGACACAAUCGCACUCAAAUCGAGCGCCGAGUUGCUCCUCGGGUGCACGUUGUAACCUCGUUGUAACGUUUGGUAGUAAAAUGUAAGAUUUUAUUUUGCGCCAAGGAUCUUAAAUGAUAUCGCUCGUGGACUGCUCGCAAGAAACGACUCGUGGGCUCCAUUAAAUGCGAGGGAGCUGAUGGAGAGAUCCCGUUGCAGGCUUCAGGCGGGCUACGCUACUUUGUAGCGAGAGCUGCAGACAUGAAGAUCACAGACAGCGUGGUUAGAAGUUUCAGGGUUGCCCGAACAUAUCGAGUCAAUUCACAGAAAGUCAACUGUGUGGACUUCAGCCCAAAUGGUGAAAAUGCAAUAGCGAGUAGCGACGACGACUGCAUUGUGUUAUAUGACAUCCGAGAAGGAAAACCUGAAAGAAACCUGUUCAGCAAGAAGUAUGGAGUCGACCUCAUCCGCUACACACAUGGAGAUGCACAGACAGUAGUCUACAGCUCCAACAAACUUGAUGAUACCAUCCGAUAUUUGUCACUCACUGACAACAAGUACAUCAGGUAUUUCCCAGGUCACACGGCAAGAGUUAUUGCUCUCUCCAUGUCACCAGUUGAUGACACGUUUAUCUCGGGCUCGUUGGACGAAACAAUCCGGAUCUGGGAUCUGCGCGCUCCAAACUGUCAAGGUUUGACCAAUCCACUGGGCAAACCUGUAUGUUCCUUUGACCCCGAUGGUCUGAUAUUUGCUGCAGGGGUAGAAUCACAGGCCAUUAAACUGUACGACCUGCGUGCUUUUGAUAAGGGUCCCUUCGCCUCCUUUGAUGUGAGGUUUAAUCGUGUCUGCGACUGGACUGGACUCAAAUUCAGUAAUGACGGGAAACAGAUUCUCAUCUCCACCAAUGGAGGGAUGAUUUGUGUCCUGAAUGCUUUCAAUGGAUCUGUGCUGCACACUUUUUCUGGCUACAACAACAGUAAAGGGAUCUCCCUGGAGGCCUGCUUCACUCCAGACUCUCAGUUUGUCAUGAUUGGUUCAGAGGACGGGAGAGUCCAUGUUUGGAGCACUGAGAGUGGGAUGAAGGUUGCUGUGCUGGAUGGGAAGCAUCCCGGACCCAUCAACACUCUGCAGUUCAACCCCAGAUACAUGACGUUUGCCAGCGCUUGCACGAACAUGACAUUUUGGCUCCCGUGUAUUGACGAGACAUAGAGGGACGUUUCCAAAAAGAGUCUUCGUUGUUACACACAUCGCAGCUGUGCAGCGAUGUCGCGUUGUGUGAUGGACGGCCUUCCACGAGAAACAUUUUUACUUUCAUAAUUUUUACCUGCAACAUUUUUUUACUUUGAAAAGGGUUUUAAUACCACCGGCACAAGACAAUUCCACAAACCUCAGAUUUUUUAAAUGCCAUUCAGUAUAUUCUUUUAACAUUUUACCUGUUGAUAUUUAUUUUAACUUGGUCUCUUAAUAUUUCAUGUGGAAUUUAAUGAAAUAAUAGUCAGGGUUUUAUUAUUUUAAUAUGUGUAAUAAAGUGUUUCAGAUGAAAUAAGA